AUGUCUGUCUCCACCCAGCUGGGUCUGUUGCUGUGGAAGAACUACACCUACAGACGACGACGGAUGCUUCAGCUCCUGGUAGAGAUUGUCUGGCCGCUCCUGAUCUUCUUCAUCCUCAUCAUCGUUCGCCUCAACUACCCUCCGUACGAACAGCACGAAUGUCAUUUUCCCAACAAGGCAAUGCCGUCGGCCGGCACGUUGCCAUGGCUACAGGGAAUCCUCUGUAACGCCAACAACCCGUGCUUCAGGAGCCCGACGCCAGGCGAGUCUCCGGGUGUCAUCGGGAACUUCAACAGCUCCAUUUUUUCCAGAAUUUCUCGGACGUUUUCGGACACCAAGAAGAUUCUUCUGUACAUUCAGAACGAUAAAAGCCUGGAAGGAUUUAAGGAACUCGUUCAGGCUCUGAAGGCUCUGAAGGAGAGCGGAUCAGGAUUCAAAUUGAAGGACUUCCUGCGGGACGGCGAGACUAUGUCCACGUUCCUGAGAAACUCUAAGCUACUCUAUGAAAACGACGUCCCGCUGAUCAAAGACGCCGACGUCAACCUGGAGAAGGUGCUCCUGAAGGGUUUUGGCGUCCACCUGAGGGACAUGUGUCCCAGGAAGGGUGGCCAGCACGCCGUGAAGGACUUUGUGACGAUCUCGGACCCUUGGACGUCCUGGCAGGUAGAGAAAGUGAUCUGUGACCAGCCGGCCAGCUGGCUGGACCACGCUGAGGAGAUCUUCCUCAACAACCUGGACUUCCUGAAACCCAUCAAGAGGGACAUGACGUCUGUCCCUGAGGCCGUCAAGCUGGUUGCCAGGGCGACCAACAACCUCCUGGACAGUCUGGGUUCGCUGGUGGUCGAGCUGGCCGGUAUGAACAGCUGGGUGGACCUGAGGAAGGAGAUCAUCUUCCUGACCCAGAACGCCACGUCCUCCCCCAGCUCCAUGUACCAGGCCGUCUCCAGGGUCGUGUGUGGCCACCCAGAGGACGGCAGCCGGCAGAUCAAAUCCCUCAACUGGUACGAGGACAGCAAAUACAAGGGGCUGUUCAGUAACCAUGGAAACAGCAACGAGGACGAGCCAGCGGCGCUCUACGACAACUCCUCCACUCCCUACUGUAACAGUCUGGUCCAGAGCAUGGACUCUAACCCGAUGUCCAGGACGAUCUGGCAGGCUCUGAAGCCUCUGCUGCUGGGGAAGAUCCUGUACACGCCCCACACCCCCGCCACCCAGAGGGUCAUCCACGAGGUGAACCGGACCUUCCAGGAGCUCGGUGUAUUCAGGCACCUGGGCGAGAUGUGGGAGGAGAUGAAACCAAAAGUCUGGAAGUUCAUGGAGAGCAGCGAGCAGAUGGACCUGCUCCGGACUCUGCUGAGGAACAACGUCACCGCCAGCUUCUUCAGAGAUCAGCUGAGCGGCACCGACUGGACCGUCACCGAGGUCUCCUACUUCCUGUCCAAGCAGGCGCCGGACCCCCGCGGGCCGGGCGGCGCCGUCACCUGGAGGGAGGUGUUCGACGAGACGGACCAGGCCAUCAUGAGCCUCUCCCGCUUCAUGGAGUGUGUAAACCUGGAUAAACUGGAGCCUGUCUCCAGCGAGGAGCAGCUGGUGAUCCGGUCCAUGGAGCUGCUGGAGGACAGGAAGUUCUGGGCGGGGAUCGUGUUCCUGGACAUUGAGCCCAACGCCACCGAGCUGCCGGCCAAACUCAACUACAAGAUCCGCAUGGACAUCGACAACGUGGAGAGGACCAAUAAGAUCAAAGACACGUACUGGGACCCCGGUCCCCGGGCCGACCCCUUUGAGGACAUGCGGUACAUCUGGGGCGGGUUCUCGUACCUGCAGGAUGUUAUCGAGCAAGGCAUCAUCAGAGCCAUGACGGGCACCAAGGAGAAGACGGGCGUCUACAUCCAGCAGAUGCCCUAUCCCUGCUACGUAGACGACAUCUUCCUGCGGGUUAUGAGGCGCUCCAUGCCUCUCUUCAUGAUGCUGGCCUGGAUGUACUCGGUGGCGAUCAUCCUGAAGAGCGUGGUGUACGAGAAGGAGGCGCAGCUGAGGAUUCUGGGAUUGAACAAGGUCAUCCUGUGGGUCAGCUGGUUCAUCAGCAGCCUGAUUCCUCUGCUGGUCAGCGCUGGGCUGCUGGUGCUGCUGCUCAAGGUGGGGAACCUGCUGCCCUACAGCGACCCCAGCGUGGUCUUCCUCUUCCUGGGAUCCUUCGCCGUGGUAACCAUCAUGCAGUGCUUCCUCCUCAGCACGGCGUUUGACCAUGCCAACCUGGCGGCCGCCUGCGGAGGGAUCAUCUACUUCACGCUCUACCUGCCCUACGUCAUGUGUGUCGCCUGGCAGGACUACAUCGGCUUCGGAGCCAAAGUCUUCGCCAGCCUCCUGUCCCCCGUGGCGUUCGGGUUCGGCUGCGAGUACUUCGCCCUGUUCGAGCAGCAGGGGGUCGGCAUCCAGUGGAAGAACCUGGUCUCCAGUCCUCUGGAGGAGGACCACUUCAGCCUCCGCACUGCCAUCAUCAUGAUGUAUGUCGACUCCUUCCUCUACGGAGUCCUCACCUGGUACAUCGAGGCUGUGUUCCCAGGUCAGUACGGGAUCCCUCGGCCCUGGUACUUCCCCCUCAGUAAGUCCUACUGGUUCGGAGAGAAAGAGGGAAAGUCCAACAGCGUCCCUCUGAGCCGGAGAGGAAACCCAGAAGCGGUGUGCAUCGAGGAGGAGCAGGCUCACCUGCAGCCUGGCCUCUACAUCGAGGAGGAGCUGGCUCACCUGGAGCUCAGCGUCUCCAUCGAGAACCUGGUGAAGGUUUACCGCCACGGGAAGAAGCUGGCGGUGGACGGACUGACGCUCAACUUCUACGAGGGACAGAUCACAUGCUUCCUGGGACACACCGGAGCCGGGAAAACCACCACCAUGUCCAUCCUGAUGGGUCUGUUCCCUCCCACCUCUGGCACCGCCUACAUCCUGGGCAGAGACAUCCAGACGGAGCUGAGCGCCAUCAGACAGAGUCUGGGAGUCUGUCCUCAACACAACGUCCUCUUCAGCAUGCUGACGGUGGAGGAACACAUCUGGUUCUACGGCCGGCUCAAAGGCUUGUCGGAGCAGCAGGUGAAAGACGAGGUGGAGCAGGUCCUGCAGGACACGGGGCUGCUGCACAAACGCAGCGCCCGGGCCAACACGCUGUCUGGAGGCAUGCAGAGGAAACUCUCGGUGGCGCUGGCCUUCGUCUGGGGGUCAAAGGUCGUGAUCCUGGACCAACCCACGGCCGGAGUCGACCCGUACACUCGCAGAGUAAUCUGGGACCUGCUGCGCAAGUACCGGCCCGGGCGAACCAUCAUCCUGUCAACGCACCAUAUGGAGGAGGCGGACAUUUUGGGCGACCGCAUCGCCAUCAUCUCCCACGGGAAGCUGUGCGGUGUGGGCUCGUCUCUGUUCCUGAAGAACCAGCUGGGGACGGGCUAUUACCUGAAGCUGGAGAAGAAGGAACCGGAACCAUCGCUCAGUUUCUGCAGGAACUGCUGCACCGUAUCCUUCAACAAGAAGGACGAGGAGAGCAGCAAACGUGAAAGUGAAGCUGCUGCCAUUGAGACCCGAGAGACGGACCGGCUCAGCUGUUCAGACGGGAGAGGCCCGUAUCAGGUGAAAGGCUGGAGUCUGAAGCAGCAGUUUGUGGAUCUGAUGUGGAGACGAUUUCUCAACGCUCGCCGCUCCCCCAAGGGCUUCUUCGCUCAGAUUGUUCUCCCAGCGGUGUUUGUGUUCAUCGCGCUGGUCUUCAGUCUCAUCGUCCCUCCGUUUGGGAAGUAUCCGAGUCUGGAGCUGCAGCCCUGGAUGUACGAGGACCAGGUCACCUUCAUCAGUGACGACUCACCCAGAGACACCAACAUUCAGAAGUUACUUAGCGCUCUGUUGGACGCGCCAGGCUUCAGGACUCGCUGCAUGGACGGACAUCCCAUCCUAGAGGCUCCGUGUAUGAUGGGCGAUGACGACUGGAGAACUCCAGAGGUCCCUGAAAGCAUCACGCAGCUGUUCAGCUCGUCCAACUGGACGAUGGACGACCCGUCUCCGGCGUGCGUCUGCAGCUCCGAUGGCAACAAGAAGAUGCUGCCGGACUGUCCCGCUGGAGCUGGGGGGCUGCCGCCACCAGAGAUGAAGCUGAGUCCUACUGACUCUCUUCAGAACCUGACGGGGAGAAACAUCUCCGACUAUCUGGUGAAAACAUACGCUGACAUCAUCGGCAAGAGUUUGAAGAACAAAGUUUGGGUGAAUGAAUUCAGGUACGGAGGGUUCUCAUUCGGCGCCAGGAGUAUUCAGGUCCUCCCACCGGCCAAUGAGGUCGACGACGUCAUCGAGCGAAUCAGAAAGAUCUUUGCGUUACAGAAGGGCGCGGCUGCAGAUCGAUUCCUCGACAGUUUGUCCAGUUUCAUUAACGGUUUGGACACAAAGAACAACGUCAAGAUCUGGUUCAACAACAAAGGCUGGCACAGCAUCGGCGCCUUCAUCAACGUGAUGAACAACGCCAUCCUGCGGGCCAACCUGCCGCCGGGCCGAAACACCAGUCGCUACGGCAUCAGAGCCUUCAACCAUCCUCUGGACCUCACCAAGGAGCAGCUGUCACAGGUCGCUCUGGUAACGACCUCCGUGGAUGUCCUGGUGUCCAUCUUUGUGAUCUUCGCCAUGUCCUUCGUCCCCGCCAGCUUCGUGGUCUUCCUCAUCCAGGAGCGAGUCAGCAAAGCCAAACACAUGCAGUUCAUCAGUGGCAUGCAGCCGCUGCUCUACUGGGUGGCCAACUUCAUCUGGGAUAUGUGUAACUACAUCAUCUCGGCAACACUGGUCAUCAUCAUCUUCAUCAGUUUCCAACAGAAAGCCUACAUCUCCUCCACCAACCUGCCAGUGCUUGCACUGCUGCUGCUGCUAUACGGCUGGUCCAUCACUCCUCUGAUGUACCUGGCGUCGUUCUUCUUUAAGACCCCGAGCACGGCGUACGUCGUCCUCACCAGCAUCAACAUCCUGGUCAGCAUCAACUGCAGCAUCUCCACCUUCAUCAUGGAGCUGGUCGGGAACAAUGAGAUCGGAGGAGUCAACGACAUCCUGAAGAACAUCCUGCUCAUCUUCCCUCACUUCUGUCUCGGCCGAGGACUCAUCGACAUGGUGAAGAACCAGGCCAUGGCCGACGCCCUCCACAGAUUUGGUGAGAACAGGUUCCUCUCUCCUCUGGAGUGGGACAUGGUGGGGAAGAACCUGUUGGCCAUGGCUGUGGAGGGAGUGGUCUUCUUCAUCAUCACCAUCCUCAUCCAGUACCGAUUCUACAUCAAACCCAGGCCAAACUGUACCCUCACCAAACUGGGAGCGCUGGGAGAAGAGGUGUUUAAGAGGAAACAGAAGCCAGCGGUGGACCGACUGUGUGUCGGGAUUCCACCUGGAGAGAUGUUCACAGAGAUCUACAUCAUGGAGGGAGGGAUUCUGGAUGACCUGUUGAAGACCAGAGAGGGAGGAGAGCUGCCCAAGACCCUGACUGAGAAGUACAUCCACUUCCUUGUGGUUCAGUCCAAAGUGAAGAAAGUCAAGUAUGAUGGAGGAGCUGAGACAGAUCCACACUGGAGUCCAGACACCAGGACGAUGAUGGAGUCUCUGGGAAAACUAGCUUUUGAGCAGCUGCAGAAAGACCAGUCAGAGUCUCCUACGAGGCCUGCUGACACAGACAGGAAGUAG